GAUCCCCCUCCCCCCGCCCCGUGUAGACCCCGCAUACCCGGCCAGAGGGCCCAUCCCCCCACCCAGAGCAGAGCGGGGACCCCCCGAGACCCGAACCCCGGCACCGAGACACCGCCACGCCGGGCCUGAGGCCUACAACCGGGACUUGUUUACUACUGAGGACUCCGGCCUCCUCCGCUCAGGGGACCGACACCCCGACUUUUGCACUUUGGAGUCACCAAGUCUCUUCACACUGGUAUCUUGCACUUUAGUGUCCCGGCUUCCGGAGGGGAGUCGCCAUGUCAUUUAAUGGAGAGAUGGCAGAAGGCAAGACGGAUCUAGCCAACGGAAGCGUCUCCAGCAGCCCAGAAGACAUGUCCGGGACAGAAGAAGGGAAGGAGAACUCCUCCGGCAUCGAGGUGGAAGCCUCCGACGCCAGCCUCAGUUUAACCGGCGAGGUCACCGGCACCAACCGCGCCGAAACCAAGGACAGCAGCUCGGAGAGCUCGGGGGAGGACAAAGACUCCGACAGUAUGGACGAUACCGGACUGUAUUCCAUUAACGACGAGAGUCGCGCAAACGACCGUACGCACUCGGAGGACGAUGACGACGACGAUGAGGAAGAGGAGGAGGAGGAGGAGGAGGAUGAAGAAGACAGACUGCGCAAACGAGGCCAAAAAAAGCGAGCCAGCAACGACCAGGACUCUUCCGACGACGAAAGGGCUUUGGAAGACUGGGUGUCCUCGGAGAAGACGCCUUUGCCCAGGCCCCGGUGGCGAGCCCUCCGCGCGCUCAGGCAAAGGGAGAUCGGAACCAGCCGGCGCUUCAUCUACGACGCCUGCGGGGCCCGCGGGUUCGUCCAGAGGUUCCGGCUCUUGCACGGCCUGGACGGGCACCUCGGCUGCGUCAACACCUUGCAUUUCAACCAGAGGGGCACUUGGUUGGCAAGCGGCAGCGAUGACCUCAAGGUGGUGGUCUGGGACUGGGUGAGGAAAAAGCCCGUUCUGGAGUUUGAGAGCGGGCACAAAAGCAACGUGUUUCAGGCAAAAUUUCUGCCCAACAGCGGGGACUCCACGAUUGCCAUGUGCGCCCGCGAUGGGCAGGUACGUGUUGCUGAGCUCUCUGCCACCCAGUGCUGCAAGAAUACAAAGAGGGUGGCGCAGCACAAAGGAGCCUCUCAUAAGCUCGCCCUAGAACCAGACUCCCAGUGUACUUUCCUGUCCGCCGGUGAGGAUGCUGUAGUGUUCACCAUUGACCUUCGGCAAGACCGACCCGCUUCGCGACUAGUGGUCACCAAGGAGAAGGACAAGAAGAUUGGACUGUACACGAUAUAUGUCAAUCCGGCUAACACGUACCAGUUCGCAGUGGGCGGCCGCGACCAGUUUGUCAGGAUUUACGACCAGCGGAGAAUCAAUGAGAACGAGAAUAAUGGAGUCCUGAAAAAGUUUUGCCCUCAUCACCUGGUAACGAGCGAGGCAAAGGCCAACAUCACGUGUCUUGUGUACAGCCAUGACGGCACAGAACUUCUCGCCAGCUACAAUGACGAAGACAUCUAUUUGUUCAAUUCCUCGCACAGUGACGGAGCGCAGUAUAUAAAGCGAUACAAAGGACAUCGAAAUAAUGCUACAGUGAAAGGCGUCAACUUCUACGGGCCGAAGAGCGAGUUUGUGGUCAGCGGCAGCGACUGCGGUCACAUCUUCAUGUGGGAUAAGACGUCCUGUCAAAUCGUACAGUUCAUGGACGGCGACAAAGGCGGCGUGGUGAACUGCUUGGAGCCGCACCCGCACCUGCCUGUCCUAGCGACCAGCGGCCUCGAUUACGAUGUCAAAAUCUGGCUGCCCACUGCCAAGGACCCGACCGAGCUGCACGGACUGAAGGAGGUUAUCAAGAAAAACAAACGUGAAAGAGAUGAGGACAGCCUACACCACGCCGACCUGUUCGACAACCACAUGUUAUGGUUUCUGAUGCACCAUCUACGGCAGAGGGGGCACCGCAGGAGGAGAAGAGACCAAGCCACAGGUGAGAACGAAUCUGAUGACUCCCCCAGCACCUCCGACAGCUCUGACGACGACGAAGAAGGUCCCGAUCGAGUACAGUGCAUCCCAUCAUGAGCAGCCCCCUACCCCCCCCCCCCCAACAAAUCCCACUUUUUCCUUUGGCGUGGAGCUUCCCCAUCUCCCUCCUUUUCUCCCUCCAGAGAGUGGAGGGCAAUGCUCUACUUAAUAGACAUUUUUUCAGCUUUUUAUUACAGUUCUAGGACUAUAGUCAAAGAAAAACAAAAUGCUUUUCCUCUUCAGUCUUGUUUCUUUCUCCUGGAGAGCGGGCACUCUGCUUGGCAAAUUUGCACUUUGGAUUUACCGACUUUCAUGUGUAAAAAAUAAAAUAAAAAAGACGGUGCCCCCAACGCCAGAAACCCAUGUUCUCAGCAUCCUACGAACCCUUCAAUCUACACGUUUCUUCUAUUACCAGCAGCUGAGACUGUUUGGCACCAAGAGUAAAGAAAGGACUUUUGAAAUUUAGAAAAAAUUUAAAAAAACUUAAAAAAACAUGGAAAGUUGAGGGUUGGAGAGAGAGGAUUAUUUUUGUAAGUAAAAUCUUUGUGUUUUUCUUUUGUUCUUUUUUUUAUUUUAUUUUUUUGAGAAAAGCAGCCAUCUUAAGCCAGCUAAUUUUUCCUCCUCCAUCCUUUCUGCGUGUCUCUUAAUCUUCCUAAUUGAUGGUCCUGCAGAUUUACACCAGCUAUUUUUUUAUUAUUUUUUUUUUUUCAUCCACCCCAACUUUGUUGAGUCUUAAAAAUAAUUAAGCCGUGUGCCGAUUCUUUGGCUCAUAAAAAGUUCAAAUUCUCCAUUUGUUCCUCGUGUAAUUCAUCGUGAAAUCAAGCCCACAUUUCUUCCAUUGUUGACCUAAAUUUUGGUCCUAAUUUUGGUGCACGGUUAACCCUCAAAAAGAUUGCGCUAUCUUGUGAGCCAAUAUGUCCAUCUUUCCAACCUUCUAAAGCCGAAGACCUUUUGUUGCAAUGGGAAUCCACUUGGUCUACUAGAGCUUCCUGACGUCUACUGUUGGCCAAGCAUUUGGUGGCUUCUAGAAAAUUGGCACCAACGUUGGGUGAAGCAUUAUUCUACAGUUUGUUCUCUUAAGAUUUUUCUCAUGGGUAACCGACUUGUCCAGAUAUUGGUUCAGCUCGAAAAAUAGGUUACUUCAUUAGGUGUUUUGCUAAAUUCGAGAGGGAUGGUUUUUGCUUUGAGUAGAUCAGCUAUGGCCAUAAAAUAUUUUCUACAUUACAUUUUUAUUGGAUGUCUGCUGUUGGCCAAGUAUUUGGUGGCUUUCACAAAAUUGUUAACAUAAUUCUACCAUUUAUUUUUUGUUCUCUUAAAUAUUUCCUCUUCAGAAACAGAUUGUCUGGGUGUUGGUUGAGCUCACAAAAUGGCUUCCCCCAUUGGGGUGUUAACUGAAUUCAAGAGGGAUUGUUUUUGCUUUUGAGUAGAUCAACUAUGACCGUGAAAUGCCCAAUCUGAAAAGACUAGUAUGAGUAAAGAGAAAAAAAUAACCAUUUUAUUUCCUUAAAUACAUUUUUAUUGGAUGUCUGCUGUUGGCCAAGUACUAUUUGGCUUUCACAAAAUUGUCAACAGCAUUGGGCGAACCAUAAUUCUACCGUUUGUUAAAAUUUUCCUCCUACGAAACCAAUUUGUCCAGAUGUUGGCUUGGCUUUCAAAAUAACUUCCCACGUUGGGUGUUCGCUAAAUUCAAGAGCGAUUUUGUUUUUGCUUUUGAGUAGCUUUGACCAUAAAAUACCCAACUUCAAGACUAUUUUGAGUUGGUAGGAAAAAAAUGUUGUAUUUCCUAAACUACAUUUUUAUUGGAUAUCUGCUGUUGGCAAGCAUUUGGUGGCUUUCACAAAAUGGUCACUAACCUUGGGUGAACUGUAAUUCUCCAGUUUGGAUUAACCCUGAAAAGAUUUUGCCAUCUUGUGAGCUCAAUAGGACUAUCUUCCCUGCCUUCUAAAGCCAAAGACUUUUUUUAUUGCAGUGGAGUCCACUAGGUCUACUAAAGCGUCUUGAUGUCUGUUGGCCAAGUAUUUGGUGGCUUUCACAAAAUUGUCAACAUUGGGUGAACCAUAAUUCUACCAUUGUGUUCUCUUAAAAUUGUCCUCUUCGGAAACAGAUUGUCUGGGUGUUGGUUGAGCUUACAAAAUGGCUUCACCUAUUGGGGUGUUCACUGAAUUCAAGAGGGAUUGUUUUUGCUUUUGAGUAGAUCAGCUAUGACCGUGAAAUGGCCAAUCUGAAAAGACUAGUAUGAGUAAAGAGAAAAAAAAAUAACCAUUUUAUUUCCUUAAAUACAUUUUUAUUGGAUGUCUGCUGUUGGCCAAGUAUUUGGAGGCUUUCACAAAACUGUCAACAUUGGGCGAACCAUAAUUCUACCGUUUGUUAUCCUCUUAAAAUUUUCCUCUUACAAAACCAAUGUGUCCAGAUGUUGGUUCGGCUCACAAAAUAACUUCCCACGUUGGGUGUUCGCUAAAUUCAAGAGGGAUUGUUUUUGCUUUGAGUAGAUUAGCUUUGACCAUAAAAUACCCAAUCUCAAGACUUUUUUGAGUUGGUAGGAAAAAAA